AUGCGCAGUAAGACAGGAGCUGCGGCGAGUGAAGGAACCAUGGCGUCCUCGGCUGCCCGGUGCUCCUCACGCUGGAUAACAGUGUUCGUGUUCUCUGGACAGCACUGGGCCUCCGCUGCUGCUGGUGUCUGCGCCGGCCAUGGAGGAGUCCGCAGUAUAUCCACCCUGGGAGCGGAAAGACUGUGGCGGGGAGGGAACCUGGCGCGUGGCGGAGCGGGGAAAGCGUUGACAUUGAAAGGGCUGUCAGGCAUCAAACCACCACAUGCUGCCGGCACGCUGUCCUUUCACACAAGUGCCACCGCUUGUAGCAAGUCCGACUUGUACCAGAUCCUCGGCGUCCCUCGCACAGCAACCCAGAAAGAGGUCAAGAAAGCCUACUACCAGAUGGCCAAAAAGUAUCAUCCUGACACCAACAAAGAUGACCCGCAAGCAAAGGAAAAGUUUGCUCAGCUGGCUGAAGCUUACGAGAUCCUGAGUGAUGAAGGAAAGAGGAAGCAGUACGAUGCGUAUGGCUCAACAGGCUUUGACGCCGGUCAGGCUGGUCAGGCUGGCAGAGGGCAGCAGUACUGGUCCGGACAGGCCAGCAGCGUGGACCCAGAGGAGCUCUUCCGCAAGAUCUUUGGGGAAUUCUCUGGAGGCCGUGGCUUUGGAGACUUCAAUGCCAUAUUUGAACAGCCACAGGAGUACUUCAUGGAGCUGACCUUCACUCAGGCAGCAAAGGGAGUCAACAAAGACUUUUCUGUGAACAUCGAGGCAGCCUGCCAGCGCUGCGGUGGUAAGGGCAAUGAGCCGGGCACUAAGGUCCAGCACUGCAACUCCUGCAACGGCUCCGGCAUGGAGACCGUGAACACGGGCCCCUUCGUGAUGCGCUCCACGUGUCGCCGCUGUGGGGGCAAAGGCACAGUCAUUGCUACUCCCUGUCACGCCUGCCGUGGGGCGGGACAGACCAAGCAGAGGAAGACUGUGACGGUUCCCGUGCCUGCAGGAGUGGAGGAUGGUCAGACAAUCAGAAUGCCAGUUGGUAAGAAGGAGGUCUUCAUCACGUUUCGGGUCCAAAGAAGUCCUGUGUUCAAGAGGGACGGCGCAGACAUCCACUCUGACCUGUUGGUCUCCGUGGCUCAAGCAAUCCUGGGCGGCACGGCCCGGUCACAGGGCCUUUAUGAAACACUUAACCUAUCAAUACCUGCAGGCAUCCAGACCGACCAGAGGAUCCGUCUGUCGGGGAAGGGAAUCGCUCGUGUCACUGGCUACGGCUAUGGAGACCACUAUGUCCAUGUCAAAAUCAAAGUACCCAAGAUCCUGACAGACCGACAGAGAACUCUGCUGGCGAGCUACGCCGAGGACGAGACGGAAGUAGAGGGGACGGUGAACGGUGUCACGACCACCACCACAGGUGGGGGGAGCAGUGGUAAGCGGUCUGAGGCAGGGCAAAGCGAGCAUGGCGAGACGGAAGGAGAGUUGAAACAAGAGGGGGGCAUCUUCUCCAAAUUAAAGAAAUUGUUUAGUUCUUCCUGAAAGCCACAAACCAGGUAAAAGGUCAACCUCGAACUGAGAAGCUUCAGAGAAGGGAGGACGAGCACAGCCACAUCAUAGAGGGAGGACGAGUGAGGAGUGUUGGGUGUUGGACGAGGCCAACAAAGGAUGGACUGACCCAGCCGGCCCUGAGUGAGACGGAGGAUCACCUGCUCUCUUCCUUUGCCAACGCAAAUUCACACGAGGAUGUUCCAGCGCACCGUUCGCCUGCAGUCAAACCUCCAUUGCGGCCAUCUGUGUAGCGCUGGCUUACCGUAGCAUUCGGUGCUUAUCGGUUUUCUUUUGAUUUCCUUAAAAGAAAUGUGAUGGCAUAAUUAAUGUGCAGAGUAAUAAAUUAUUGUAUUGAAAAAGAAUUCAGACAAAAUAUUAUGUGGGAUUUAACAGGCAUCCUGUUUCUAAUCCUUUUUGUUCUCUAUGCUUUGGUUGUGUUUUCAUGAAUGCUGGGAUUUCCCCCCCAGCUGUCGGUCCCAGUGGGCUGAACACCAGCAGGCGCCGUGAGGCCCCGUGUUGGACGGUGUCGAGCUCGUCUGCAGGGGAACGUUUAAGUUUGGCUGCGAUGACUAAUGACCGAACUCCAUCCCUCCCUUUGCAUCAUCAGAGAAUUCUGCACCUUCAUUACAUGUGUCUGUUGUUGUGGAUCAUAGAUUCCUCUGUUUCAGGCAGAAGAGAUAAACUGUACUUCUAUAAUAAAGCUGUGGUCUGAGAAAAGCCUGUUUUAUAGCAUCCGCUAAAGGAACAGCACUGAGUGCUUCUUCUCUUCACAUGAAUAUAUAUAGAAGUAAAUGUGAUUACAUAUUUUGUUCAUCCUCAUUUAGAUACACAAAUGAUGCAAUUCAAAUGCCACAUAACUGCCUGACAAUUAAAAUAUUAGAAAUGCCACAAAGGUGGAUUAUUUUGUGCGGGGCUCGUGUGUUUCAUAAACUAGCCUGCAUUUUUGCUUUUGAAUAAAUCUUAUUGCCGAUUGUU